AUGGCUACCGUUCUCGCCGCCCUUUGGAGAAUGAUCGUGAAAGUCGUCUUGUUGUGGAUGAGUAGAUUUUGGAGUUGGUUGACAUGGAAGAAGCCAACAGAUGUGUGGGUCAAUAUUCUCCAGAAUGCACAAUCAUAUGAGGAGUGGGAAGAGGCGGCCUUUCAACUAGACGUGUUGCUCGGGAAUGACUUAUGGCGCCAGAAUCCAAUCUCAAAAUACUAUGAUUACCGCCUCAUCCACGAGCGACUUCAAUCCAUAAUCGUUGCCCGCGAAGACAACGAUGUUAUUACCCUCGUCAAUCUACUUCGCUCUGGCCUCGUCAGGAACCUCGGCAACAUCACUGCUCCACGACUCUUCAACCGCGCCUUUGCUGGCACGAAAUUACUUAUCGAAGAUUAUAUCACGCAGGUCGCCUUUGCCACCUCAUUUGUGGCAGCUUUGCCGGCAACAGCAGGCACAGAUGGAAAUGUAACGGCAACGGGGCUUAGUAACCAAGCAAAACUAGACGUACUUCAUGAUACGAGACAAGCAUUUGGAAGGAGUACUUUGGUGCUGCAAGGAGGAGAGAUAUUUGGCAUGUGUCACCUGGGCGUUGUAAAAGCGCUGUAUCUGAGGGGACUUCUACCUAGGAUCAUUACAGGAACUGCCACUGGGGCGCUAAUUGCCGCAUUAGUGGGGGUGCACACCGAAGACGAGCUCUUAGAAUUCCUAACGGGCGAUGGAAUUGACCUGAGUGCUUUUGGAGGCGGAAACGAUGGGGACCUAAAGAAGAGGCCACCAAAAGAUGGCGGCUGGUGGGCGACGCUGAAACAGAGAACGAAGAGGUUCUACCGGGAGGGAUAUUUCCUGGAUAUCUCCGUUUUAGAAGAUUGCGUGAGGGCCAAUGUUGGAGAUUUAACAUUCGAGGAGGCCUACAAUCGCACGAAACGAGUCCUCAAUAUCACGGUGGCUACGGUAGGCCAUGGUAGUGUACCGUCACUUUUGAACUACCUCACGGCACCUAAUGUUCUUAUUUGGUCAGCCGCUCUUGCAUCAAACGUGUCGAACCCGACGCUCUAUGGCCGCUCUGUCAAUCUAUUGUCGAAGUCCCUCGAUGGCACUAUCGUGCCUUGGUUCCCUUCCGAAUCCGCCACCUUCCGUCCCUGGACGCAUGCCACCUAUUCGGACCGGGACUCGCCCCUGACGCGGGUCGCCGAGUUAUUCAACGUAAACCACUUUAUCAUCUCACAGGCACGCCCAUACCUUGUACCAUUCCUGCAAAGCGAUAUGCAUGGUCCAUCAGGCAGCUAUGCGCGACGGGGCAGGACGAGUUUUACAAGUCACCUAUUGAGGCUAAUAACCAUGGAAAUACAUCAUCGUCUCUCGCAGCUUGACUCUCUUGGCGUUCUUCCGGCGAGCACCAGACGAUUCCUCAUUGACGAAACAGUUACCGGCGCAAGUGUGACGCUUGUCCCAGAACUAAGCACUGGGGAUUUCCUUCGCCUCCUGGAGACCCCCACUUGUGGGAGUCUUGAUCAUUGGAUCCUCUGUGGCGAGAAAAGCGUGUGGCCCGCUGUUUCGGCGUUGAAGGUUCGGUGUGCUGUGGAAAGUGAGUUGGACCGAGGAUACCAGUUCGUUAGGAGAAGAAAGGCCGGGGGACUGAGGAGGAGAGCGAGUACGUUAGAUACGAGCCAUGCGACCCACGAGACGAGGGAGCGGACGAGUAGCUCUGGUGGAAAUUGGAAAUCCGAUGUAAAAAGCACGGGGGAGAUGCAAAGCUAG